AUGGAUUCUCAUCAUCCACUAACUCAUCAACUGGACACACUUUUAAAUGAUUCAGAGGGCGUCCGGCAAUUCCAUAAAUUUCUUUCGUCAUCUUUUUCGUCUGGUCAUUUGUUAGACUUCUGGUUUGCUUGUAAGGGAUUCCGUUCAAUCGUGGACGGUGAUGAUCAGCUCAAGCUUCUUCAAGUUGCGAAGGCUAUUUAUCGGACUUACAUCAAAACCGAUGCGGCUUUAUCCGUUCCUGUAAAUGAUUCAACAAAACGAGAAAUUCGUUCGACUUUGAGUGCAUUUUCUCAGUCCUAUCACAAUUCAAUGAGUGGAGACAAGCGCUCCCCAGUCCUACGCUCGCUUUUCGAUGCUGCUCAAGCGGAUGUACAAAACCUCCUCGCGCGCAGUUAUUUCCUGGAAUUUCUACAGUCCGACUCCUUUAGACUGGUUCAUCAGUCCCUUUCAGUUUUGGAAUGUGGCACAAGUCUUCCCGGAAAAUCUUCGCAUCACGGAUGUGCUGAUCAGUCUGACGGUACUAAACGGGGGAAUUUGCCCAAUAUCAAUCCCCAACAGUGCAUGACACAGUCCGGUAGUGAAGAGGGUGGCUCCCUUCCUGCUGUCGCAGACACUGCUGACCAGAACCCAUCAGCAUGCGUCAUGGAGGAAUGCGAUACUGGAGGAGGGGGACCCACUGUGCAUAUCAAAGCCUCAGCUGGUGGCACUGCUUCCUCUGACAAAAGUCGGCGCACCACGGCGGAGUCGGGAGGUGCUCGAGAAAUGGUUACGGCUUCUGAAUUCAUCACUUAUAUGAAUCAAACUGGAGGUGGCAAUGCUACCACCAAUGGUGGUGCUGAUCCUAGUCUCUCUGGUGCACCUCCCCCAUCUAAACCCCCGCCACCAACGAUGGCAGCACCUGCCAUUGAGACUACAACCCGCAAACCUGGCACAAAUCUUGCUGAGAUUGACCCUAGCGCCUUCGCACAGACUCUGAGUCAUCGAUUAGAAAAGGUCAAGGAGUCUCGUGGGAAAAUAGAGCGCCUUCUCUCCCGCAUGCAACCGAUUGAUCCGGAAGAAGCUGGGGGUGAGGACGCGGAACUGGCCUCAAUUCAUGCGGAGGUCAACAAACUGCCCUCUCCCCCACUUCCAGCCCGUUCCACUCGCCUUUCUUCGAAUUCUCGUCGUGCUACCUCGGCUGCAAGUGGUGAUCUGUUGCGCAAGAAACUCUCUGCUCUUCUACCUUCAUCUGGUUCGGGUGUAGCUGUUCCUUCUGUAGACGACGCUCAAGUCAUUUUGGAAGACCAUUGUUCGCGCAUCUGGACAGAUGAACGGCGUAGUCAACCACUCAACGUUUGUCGCAAAGGCGGUCGUCGUUCUGAUGUCUACUCCAUCUCCUCCUUCGACAGUGGCGUUGGCACUUGCGGUGGCGGCGGUGGUGGCUUGAACAGCUCAGACUCGGAGUCCUGUGUUAGCCGUGGCGGCGCCUUUCAUCAUCAUCACCAUCACCAACAGCAACACUAUCGAUGGAAUUAUGCACCACCCCCGCCACCACCGAUGUGCUCCUUCUGCCGACGUACCCCAUCCAUGAACUCAACUCCUGGGGCUCAUCGCAAAGAAGUUGCGAGCAAUAGUAGCAGUAACAGCAACUAUCGGUGGGGUGUGCAAUACCAACGGAUGCAGCAGUACCUCCAUGGCCACAGUCAUCACUACAACCUAGAGGAGAGUGACUGCUGUGGCGGUGGGAGAGCCAUGCGAAGCAGGAGCUUGACAUCCGAUUCACCUAGUGUCUUUGAUUCGGGCCUCUCCUCCACCUAUGAUCACUUGCCUCCGCCUCGUCGAUCUAGACACGAUGAGCACAAGUUAGUGCCACAGACUGUCGACGAUGCUACGCCAACGUUUGGAGGGCGUUUGUCGCCUCUGCCGGAUGAUCUAAAUCGUCUGCUGGGUGAUUGUGACGCUGAAAGAAAUGUCACUCCUGCUGCUCUCACAACCAAUCUUGAUCUCCUCAAUCCCAGUUAUCGUGCUCCUCAGCCGCCGCCGACCAGACCAGAUCGGCAAAAGUUUGCUCAGCAGAGCAGCUGUAACGCUGCAACAACGAUGCGAUGUACGGAGAGCACGCUGCUCAAGUCGGCCCCGGGCUUUCCCUCUCUCCCACCACCGCCUCAUCAACAGUCGCAUCAGUCACAGGCCUCUGCAGCUGCUACCUUCAAUCUGGUAGUUGGCUACUACCUCUGUGACGAUCCUGUGCCCUAUCGCACCGUUUGGACCGGCCCUCUCACCGCUAAUGCUGCCGCUACUCCCAACAACCCUCCUUCGAUUACUCUAGGCCAGUUCAAACAACUGGUUGCCAAGCGAGGAGUCUAUCGUGGAACUGGUCACUUUGAUUCCUUUGAAAGAGCAAGAUUGGGACGUGCAAGCGUUUGUGUGCGCGCGCUCUGUGGAGGCUGGGAUGCUGGUACUGUCUACGCUGCUGCAGGGAGGAAACGCCCUGUUUUACAUGCAAGUGAUCACUCUUUCCUUGGUCUGACUCCCUACACCCACCAUCGCGUAUCACACUGCGCACUCACACAGAUCGUUUUAUUGUUCAGGCGGGGCGCAGCGCGGCGCAGCUUUGUUAGUCCUGUGUUUGAUUUGCGUGAGCGCACGCGUCUACGUGGAGUGCUUGCUUUGAAGGGAAGCACGUGCGCAGAGCAGAGUGGAAUCAAAGUAGUCGCGCACCGCCUCUUUCAUCUCAUUGCAGCAGUUUUAGAGGGGGUGGGAGCUGGAGUGGGAGCGGAAAGGCUCUUGGCUGGCGAGCGCGUAUGCGUGUUUAAUGACAUGCUUGAUCACGUGUUGUUCUGUAGGUACUUUUUCAAGACGGCCAGCGACGAUUUUGGCACUGGCUGCGUACACGAAGAGGUGGGUGAUGACAACGCAAUUCUGCCGCUGUGGGAGGGAAAGGUGAUUGCUCGUGUUGAACGCGCCGAUUGA